CGCCACAUUUUUUGACUGGCUCUCCAGCGUCUGCAGUCCUCACUUUGAUGUCAAUGUCUGACAGUCACUCAAUCCAUUGGGACCGCAACGAUUUUUGACUGUGAUUUCUGUGAGAGGGACCAACGCUUUUUGGUUCCUGUUUGAGGACGUUUUCAGCAUCAGUGGGACUGGAUGAGAGACCCCACUGUUGCAGCACACUGUGCGUGGAGCCUGAAACAGUUAUACGGCCUGGAAAGGGGAUUUCAUGGCACGGAGGGCUCUACACGUGUUUGUGUGCAGCUGAAGCUGUGGCCAUGGAGAAACCUGAGGAAUCCCGCCCUGUUGAGGAACCGUGGAAGUGUGGCGACUGUGGGAAAGGCUUCCGUGUCCCUUCUGCCCUGGAGACUCAUCGGCGCAGUCACACCGGCGAGAGGCCAUUCCCUUGCACCGACUGCGGGAAGGCCUUCAGCACAUCCUCCCACCUGCUGACCCACCAGCGUGUACACCCUGAGGAGAGGCCCUUCAGCUGCCCCAAGUGCGGGAAUGCCUUCAGCAAUUCCUCUACCCUAUUCGCCCACCAGCAUGUCCACACGGGGGAGAGGCCGUUCAGCUGCCACAAGUGCGGGAAGGGCUUCACCUGCCCCUCCAGCCUGUGGAGCCACCAGCGGGUCCACACCAGGGAGAGGCCGUUCACCUGCUCUCAGUGCGGGAAGGGCUUCACCUACUCCUCCCACCUGCUGACCUGCCAGCAGGUCCACACGGGAGAGAGGCCCUUCAGCUGCCCCAAGUGCAGAAAGGGCUUCAGCACAUCUUCCACCCUGCUGACGCAUCAAUGGAUCCACACUGGAGAGAGGCCGUUCACCUGCUCUCAGUGCGGGAAGGGCUUCACCUACUCCUCCCACCUGUGGAAUCACCAGCGAGUUCACGUGCCAUCGCAGGGGGAUUGAAGGAGUGACGGCUGAGUGCCAUUAUCGAUUGUUAGGGAAGGGAACCGCCAUUGUGGGAAAGAAUUCACUCAGUCGUUCCACCUGCAUCCUUUACCCGGUGUGGCUACACGUGACUCCAGACCCACAGCAGUCUGGUUGACUCUACACUGCCCCUUCCUGGCAAAUGAGCAGGGAGAAACUUACUUGGAGACAGGGUAUGGGUUUAAAUUGCUGAGUGAGGCAAUACUUCCUCCGGGUUACGGCUGUACCAAGGAUCCGAUUACAAAGGGACAACUGGGUGCUGGCCAAUAGUAAAGACAGUGAGGGGGGUGGGACAGGGGAGGUGUGGUGUGUGCACUUUGAUCUUGAGGUGCUCAAAAAGCAACUGCUUUUUCUCUGCCUUUUUGCUGGGGGGAUCUGAAGCUGUAACAAAGUUGGGUUGCAAUAAAGGUUACCUGAACUUA